UAGUACAUCAAACGUAGGGAACGCCACCAACCACCAUCAGAGCAGCAAUGGCGUCAUCUGCUAAUUCCAAUACCACCGAUGAAUACCAAAACAUCUUGAUGAUGCGUCACGGUGAUCGCAUUGACAAGAUCAACCCGCUCUGGCUCGAUACAGCUUCGAGACCUUGGGACCCUCCGCUCGUUCAGGACGGUUUGGUUCGUGCGUUUCAAACUGGUCAACGGAUCCGAUCUCAGAUCCAGUUUCCUAUCCACAGGGUCUUCGUCUCUCCCUUCAUCCGCUGUGUUCAGACCGCUUCAGAAGUUAUCGCCGCUCUCUCCGCCGUUGACUUAAACCCUCACGCUACGUCGUCUAAAGACGUUAUUUCCAUGGAUAAAUCUAAGCUCAAGGUGUCUAUUGAGUUUGGUUUGAGUGAGAUGCUGAACAGUAUGGCUAUUAUGCCUGAGGUUGCUCCAAAAGAUGGGAAGUUUGAUUUCAAGAUUUCAGAUCUUGAAGCUAUGUUUCCUGAGGGAAUGGUGGAUCAUGACGUUGAUCCUGUUUAUAAAGAGAUGCCAGAAUGGGGAGAAACUGUGGAAGAAUGUACAGAACGGUUUCUUGGUUUGGUGAAGACUCUGGCUGAUAAGUACCCUUCAGAGAACUUGCUCUUAUUCACUCACGGGGAAGGAGUAAGGACUACAUUUGCAACCUAUAAAAAAGUAGAUACGUACGACGUAGAGUACUGUGCGUGUGCUGAACUGAGAAGAAAGGUCUCGAGUCAAGACGGGUCUACUAAAGCUGGAGGCUUUGAGGUGAUGACAAGUCUUGGUGAAGUUGGAAUCAAGUACCAUUCCUUGACCACCACAGCAGACAAAUGAUCAUGUUCCCAACUCUCGAGUUGUGUCAGUGUCUCCAGAAGAUCAUCACGACAUUGGAAAACCGAAAUUAAACUAGAGACUGGAUAUUAAGAACGAGUGAUUCUAAACUCAAAUAAAAAGAUUUAUCGUCUGUCAUUU